AUGCUAAGGCUGCGCACUUUCCUUGAAGUUCUUAAGAAGUCGCUAGAGACUGGACUAUUUUGGAUUUGUCUCGCUUCACGUCACAGCUCUAUAUUCGAUGAGAUUUACUGGAGUUUUAUUGAUUCAAGAUUCUAUAGUCUAUUUAUAACGAUACAGGAUCGGCUUGGUCUGCUCAGUGCAGAAGAGCGAGGUAAUAUUGUCGCCAUCUUGGAAAGUAAAAUGCGUCAGGCAAGCGAGCGCACUUUAAUUUCUCACUAUAGCAUUGAUAAGCUAGUUGAUCUAUAA